AUGCCAGAUAAGGGCAAGGGAGUGGUUAUUCUCGGCAGAAAAGAAUAUAUAGAUAAAAUGAAUCAGAUAUUAAAUGAUACUACAACAUUCUCUCGUAUCUAUCAUGAUCCUACAAUCUACAAUGAGGACAAAUUGAUCAGAACUCUACUAAGACUUAAAGAAGAGAAUUUUAUCACAGACGAAGAGUAUAAACUGGCUCGACCCACAGGCUCUAGACCUGCAAGAAUUUAUGGAUUGCCAAAGAUACACAAACCAAACAUACCUCUUCGACUUAUUCUAUCGGCUACAAAAACAAUUGCCUAUGGACUAGGGAAAAUAUUAUCUAUACGUUUAGCCCCUCUUCGAAAUAGUCCAUUUGUUGUUCGAGACACUGGAGAUUUUGUCAAAAGAGUUUCAGCUUUGAGUUCGGAAGAUGUAAAAAAGAAAAUGAUUUCGUUCGAUGUCACAUCACUUUUCACGAAGGUUCCUCUCACGUACACGAUCGAAUUGAUACUAAAUGAGUUGUAUCCUGAAUGUACGGAAACUUGUCGAGGAAAACCGAGAACGAAACAAUGUUCGGCAUGCAAAGAUCAUACAAAUUUUGAGACUCUGUUCCGAUCAGCAACAUCCGAAGGACAUCCGUUUUCAUCUAAAUAUCAAAUUCACCGUUGA